AGAAAGGAAAUAAAGGAAUUGGCCGGGAUCAGGGAAUACGGUCACCGAGAAAUGAAUCGACGACGUCGAUGGCGAUGCCGACAACUAUAAAUUGAUGAAUCCGGUUGUCCUAGACACACAAGACAAGGUCUCUUAUAAACAACUGGACUACGCUCAAGGCUUUGAAGACUCUUUUAACAGCUUUGUUUUUCCCUUCUCGUGUUAUUCAUUAUAGCACUGAAGAAGCCGCUGUGUUUCAACUAAUUCUCUAGUGUUUGAGCAUUCCACGGAGCGAGUCAAGUUUGGAAAAAUGAAUCGCAAGCCGGGUGACUGGAAUUGUUCUUCAUGCCAACACCUUAAUUUCAGCAGGAGGGAUUCGUGCCAGAAGUGUGGAGAUCCAAGGCCCGGAGGGUCCCGUGGAGAUGAAAGGAGUGAAUAUGGAAGCUUCAGCAGGGGAGGAGGAGGAGGAGGAGGAGGAGGAGGAGGAAGUUACGGAUAUGGAGGAGGAGGUGGUGGGGGUUAUGGAGGGGGCUCUGAUGUUAGGCCUGGGGACUGGUAUUGUUCUGCCGGAGGGUGCGGCGCUCACAAUUUCGCCAGCCGUUCAAGCUGCUUUAAAUGUGGAUCUGGUAAAGAGGAAUCCGGCGGUGGAGGAGGUAGUGGGUUCGAGUCCUCUGGAGGGCGGGGAGGAUCCAGAGGAGGCGGCUUUGGCUUUGGCUCUUCCUAUAACGCUGGAUCUGGCGGACGCUCUGGAUGGAAGUCCGGUGACUGGAUUUGUGGCAGGUCAGGAUGUAACGAGCACAACUUUGCCAGCAGGAUGGAAUGCUUCAGGUGCAGCGCUCCAAGAGAGUCUGGCACUGCUGUAUAAUUCUUCCAGGGGUUGAACAGUGACAUGCUGCUGGAACUGAAGUUUGGCUGAAGAUCGAUGUCUGGUACAGGGCGUUUUGUUAGGUUUUGUUUAGUGAAUUAUGGGAAAACCCUAAAAAGGCUUUGGACAGUCUUGUCCCUUUGUGCGUUGCGUUCAGUAUUUUUAAAGUUCCUGUGAUGUAUUUCGGUUGAAAGAUAAUUCAAUGCGAUCAUCUUUGUUAA